CUGCGCACCGUCUCCCAGCAGCUGGUGCGGGCCAGCGCGCGCCGCCCGCGCGCGCCCCAGGCCGGCGACGCCCCGCUCGCCCCGCUCCCGCAGAAACAAUUGGACCAUCCUGAAGGAGGCACAGAUGACAAAGAUCUUUCUGCGAAAACCCGGAUGAUUCAGCGACCCACUGUGAUAUUGAAGCCUCAACUCCGCUGCUGUGCCUUUGAAGAAACUCUUGCUGGUGCUGUACCAAUCUGCUUUCCUUCAGAUGGUCAUGGUGAUCAGAAUGAACCAUCUGAAAUUGCUGCAAAUGAGGGACCUGCUGAAUAUAAUGCUCCUCAAGAAUCCCAAACCAGAAAUUUAGAUCGUGACAAGAGAGAUGUACACAAUGCAGAAAUGGGCAAAAGAUCUCGGCUAACAUCUCCAUCCCCUCAACGAAAUUCACGAGUGCACCAAAAAACAACACCAAUCAGCAAGAAUAAAUUUCAAUCCUCUUCAUCUAGUCCCUCACGAAGAAACAGUUCCUCAACAUCUCCUCAUCGUCAAACAUGCCCUUCUUCACAUAUUUCUGUUGUUCUAAAAAAACUUUCUCCAGAUAGUAAGUCAUCCAGAAAUUCCAAAAGUCGAAAAGAAUCUCCAUCCAGUGCAGUCGAGAUGAGUUCAACUUCUGAAAGACCAUCUACUAGUUCUCCGAGUAACAGGAUUAGACACCAUCCUCCCAGAGACGUCACAUCAGUUUUAGUUACUCAGAUUGAAAAGUUAAAUCGUUAUGUAGAUGAAAUCAAAGAAGGUGGUUAUUUCAAGAAAACUCCAAGAAAACAUACUCGGAGUAGACGCAGUUUAGAGAGUGAAUUCAAAAAGACACCCAAACAUUCGAGAUCAAGCUCCCUGUCUGCGGAUGUUUUAUCAAUUGAGAAGUUACACAAUGAAUUGUCAGAUAAAGAAACACAAGGAGUUCAUGGCUCUCAAGAUUCUCCUUUAAAACAUCGACAUCUGAGAAUGGAAACAAUUCCACGAAUUCCUUCUCCAACACAUUUAACUUGGGAACUGCCUACACCCAGCUAUGAUCAAGGAAAUAUUAUUCCAGGUGUACAGAGCUUGCAAGAACUGGUGCGUAAUCUAGCAGCAAUAAAGAUUCAGUCACUUUAUCGUGGUUACAAAGCUCGCAAAUCAUUUGUGAAAUUACCUUGCAAGUCACAAGAUCAGGAAAAACCUGAGUCUAACAUUCAGAUUACUCCUAUUUCUGAAGAGAAAGUUAUUAAUUCACAAGGGAGCAAACUACAAGAAAAACUAGAAGUUGCAAAGAAAGAACAAGUCCCUGAAUGGUUGCAGCCUCCUCCUCUAUUACCAUGCCCAUACAACUUUAUCACUGCUGUAAGGAGAAAGAUGGGUGGUUUUGGAAGUGGAUCUCAGAAUGUUGGCUCACCUGGAUCUGUACAUCAAGAACAUAAGUCAGUACAAACUAUUGGACAUAAAGAAGUGCAAACCAUUGAACCUGCCCCUGUGUUAUCCAUUGAAGAAGCUGUGCAAGUUCCAGAUGAUAGUGAGAAUCCUGCUGAUGUCGAAAUGCACGGGAAUGAAACCCCAUUGGGCAUAAGGGAGCCUGUGUUUGAGAUAACUCAUUCUAAUCAGAAGCCUCUAGAAGUGCCGAGUGCAUCAUUAAAAAGAAGAAACAAGGGUAAUCGUUCUUCUUCUUCCUUGGUGAGCGAUAAGGAGCAGCAGAAUGAACCAAAAAUUAAGGAUAAACAAACAGAUUUAAAACCUACUUCAGAUCUUGGUGAAGAAUUUAUCGAAAGUGGAUCUGAUCAUAAAACCCACUCAUCACAGAGCUCUAAUAAUAGUAAAAAUAACAAAAAGAAAUCGUCUGAACAGUCUCAUUCACUAGUUAAACAAUCAAAUCUAUCUGAAGACUUGCAGGAUGCACAGAAAAUUAAUAAAAAACUUAUUCCAUUGAGCACUGUCCCUAAAGGAAAUGAAGUAUUUAAAAUAGAUAAUAUUUCAUUUACCAGUUUGGAACAUGACAAAGACAGUGGAGAUGACACGGAAACUAAUGUGUCCUCUAUCAGAUCACAAGUGGCUUCUGAAAUUAGUUCAGAUCAUUGGAUUUUACCUCAAAUCAGUGACUCAAGGAAACUUUUCGAGGCAUCUAACUUCCCAGCUUUGAAAACUCCAGAGUUGGCAUUGACACGGCAGCAGUUGAAAGGAAAAGAGGAAGUUUCUGUUCAUAGUGCAUAUGGAACAUCUAAUGCUGUGAACAUAAUGACUCCAAGUAAUAAUGAAUUAAUGCAAGAUUUACAUAAAUCCGGUGACACAUCAUCACAUAGUUCUGUAAAUGUCUCAAAAAUAUCUGAAAAAGCAGUGCAAAUAUUACUUGGAGAGACUGCCUUCGAAGACACCAUUGAUGAAUAUAUUUUACCUCAUUCAGGACAUGCUAGCCCAGUGCGAGAUGAUAAUACUGGGGACGAACGCGAACAGAAAAAUGUUAAUCAAAACAGUCAAUUUAAUAAACAUAAACAAUUAAAUGAAGUUGAAGAAGAGCUAAGUGAUCAUUCUAAUCAUGUUGAUGAAUCAUUCAAUUCAGAAAAUAAAGUUAACUUAAUUGACAUAACUUCAAAUAAAUCAGUGUUGGAAUCUCAUGUUGUACUACCUGAUGGAGUCACAAAGUCAUCUGACUCUUCUAGUUCAAAAGAGUUACAAAAGCAUAGAUCUUGUGCAUCACUUUCUCCAACUUCUCAUCAUAGCAUUUCAAAAAAAUCAAAAUCUUCACAUCAUUCUCAGAAAACUUUGAGUCAUGUUUCAAAAAACAGUUUACAUGAGAAAGAAAUAACUUCUACUGCAUUGUCUGUUAUAAGUGGUGAAAAAACAGGUACAUCUCAAAGUUUAUUCAGACUGCCUCAUGAAGGCGUUCAAUCUGAUGAUGGAAAAACUCAACUGACUAGUACAGUUGAAACUUUGACUUCAGAACCUAGCAUUUUGCCAGGGCAAGUGUUGCCCCCUGCUGCUUUACACAUGCAAUUUCGAGCUGAACUUCAACUGAUUGAUUCACUGGAUACAUCAUAUCGGCAUUUGGAAAGAAUAGAAAAUUUGCAUGCAGUAACAAUGGCGCAACAAAGUGCAAAUAAUCUUGCUACAACUCUGAAGUCUGCUGUUGAGGGCCAGCAGCUAGCAGAAAGGUUUGCCAAAGAACGUGAGGAGUUUGAACGUGUUCUAAGAAAAGCAAAACGUUGGAAUAGUAGUGGAAGUGAUGACUCUGCCAGCAUUGAUAAGUCCAAGUCAUCACAACGGGAUGGAAAAUCUGUAGAUCCUACCAUUAAAACAGCUACUUCAGAGUCCAGUGUUGCUGCAACAGAAGAGUAUGGAGAUACAGGUGGUUUUGAAUCAUCUGUCUCAUCAUCACCUAAGAUAGUGAAAGAAGAUUCAAAUGUUAGUUACAAACGUGGAGGAUCUCCUGCAGAACCAGUAGAGUCCCUGAAAUCUGUUCAAGAAUCAAUGACUGCUAAAUCGUCUACUGAUGGAUCUACGGGGCAUUCUUUUACUUCCAUGAGCAUGGAUCUUGAGCCAGAUUUUUCAAGUGCCAUCGGAUCUCAUAAGAUAUUAUCUGAAUCAUUGCCUCGUGUAGCACAGCCUCCUCUGGUACCCCUCAGUGUUCCUGCUGUACUGAAUCCGUCCUCCUUGAACAUACAGCAAACGGAAAGACUUCUUCAGACAGAACCUAUUCUUGCUACUACUUAUUUCAUGUAUGAACAGAUGUUGCGUCAUGAGGAACUUCGAGCUGAAGAACAAGCCACAGUACUAAACAUGAAAGAGCGAAGUCUCCUUGAUCGUGCUCGAGCUGCUAUGGCUCUUCUUGAAGCUCGCAAAAGGGAACUGAGGGCAAAAGGUAAAGAACAGCAAGUGCCUGCUUUGAAGAAGAAACAACGAGCUUUAAUUUUACGGCUGCAGCAUGACAGAGAAGAAGUUCGUCGGCAACGAAAGGCCCAUGCAGCUGCAGUGGAGGAGCGGCGAAAUGCUCUUGCCCAGCUUCAGCAAAGAUUGCUGCAAUUGCAGCUAGCAAGACAUGAACAUUCUCGCCAUCAAGGAUCACCAGAAUCUGCUUCAAAACAUGGAUCCAGCCCAGUGAAAGCAUCCAGCAAUACUGCUUCUGUGUCAACAGAUGUUCCUACAAAAAUAUCUAGUUCUACUCGUGGUAGUGUUCCUGUUGCUUCGAAUGCCUUAGAAGCUGCAUCACAGACUUCAUCAAUAUCAGCAACCUCAGUCAAGUCUGCAACACAAAGCCAAUCUCUGGAAGAAAAGAUUCUUUCUUACUUGAAGACUUUGGAUAGUAGUAAAAGGCGGUUAAGUGAGCACCAAAAAUCUCUCCUUGCAAAUUCGUUGGAAGAACUGUUGCAUUCUCAAAAGAAACAAGACAUUAGUGCACAGACUAAUUCUGUGCCAGCCUUCAAUAGUGUCUUACAGGAUCGUGGAACUUCUCCAGUAGUCGUUCUUGAAAAAACUUCCCCAGCAGAAAUUGCAGUUUCAACUACUUCAGCUACUGGAGGAGAUGAAGACAGUGCUGUGUCUCCAUAUGCUAAAUCUCCACAACCUAGCAAUAGUAGUGUACCUGAAGAAAUUCAUACAAGGGCAAGUGAUUCUUCAAGUCAGGAUGGAAAGCAACCUUUAGAAGCAGAGAGUCAAACUGGUUCUGAAGUUGCCCACAGUCAAAUACAAACUCGGGUAUCUGUAAGCUCAGAAGAGGUUCCUGAAGAAGUGACAGUGCCAAACAAAAGAUCUCAAGCACGACCUACUCUGGGGAGAGCUGUGGGACAAACAAGACGUCACUCAGCUGAAGCAUUGCUACGUUCAAUUUCUCCUUUGCCACCAAUGCCACCUUCAACCCAGCAUAAAAGAAGAUAUUCUAGUGGCUCUGAUGAAUCGGUCAUAUACUCUCAAACAGAAACUCCUUCUGAGCAGAGUGAUUUAGAAGGUCGUGUGUCAGCUCUCCUUGAGCAACUACGACGCCGGCGAAUGGAAGCAGAUAAAUUACGACGUGAACACAAACGAACCCACCGUGAACGUCUGAGAGCCAAAGAGCAGUCUCUCCUAAAACAAAUUCAGGCUUAUGAUGAAUACAUUCAGAAGACUCGUGAAGAGAUUCAAAAGGAGCUUGAUUCUUCUUCAGUAGCAUCUGCUUCAUUUUCGAAGCCAAAAAUUAAACAGCCCUGCAAUGCAUCUCGUUCAAGAGAUAGACUGUCCCUUCCUCUUGAUCUGAUGGCUGAGACUGCACCAGAUGAUACUAGAGGGAAAACUCAUAAAGAGAAGAUACAGUUGCUUAUCGAGAAGCAAUCAUCAGAAGUAUCGGAAGAAGUAUCAAAACUAUCUCCACUGUCCCAUACUGUAUCAGAAAAUAUUUCCAUUGAAACAACUUCUGUUGAGGAUAACAACAAAUCCCAAGGUGAGAGCACUUUCCAUGAUGAAUUGUCUGCUGUGGAAGAAGUAGCAACAGGUGCAGAUGAAUCCUCUUAUUCUUCAGUUGUCUCAGAUACAGGAGUUAGUACAGCAAUCUCUGUUUCUUCAGAGAAAAAUAGUGCUUCAAAAGUGCCUGAAGAUGAAAGUCUGAAAUCAUCUUCUCCAGAAACCUCUGUAAAAGUCUCAAUUCAGUCUCCUGAAAUUGAUGAGGAAAAAGAGGCAAAGGAAUCUCAUACUUCAAAAACUGAAGAUGUAUCCUCAAAACCUGAAGUAAGAAGUCAGGCUUCUGAACUACAUUCUAUAUCUCCAGAAGAAAAAUCUAGUGUUUUGGAAAAAGUUUCAGAUGCAACCAAUGAUGGGAAAAUGCUAAUUGGAGCUACUGAAGAAAAGUCUUCCGAUAGUAGUGAUGAAAAAUCUUCAGUUACAGUAAUUGAUGAAAAACUAAGUUACAUUAGUGAGGAAAUUCCAGUAGCUGAAAUUAGUGAAGAAAAAUCUGUCAGCAAAAUUAGUCCUUCUCAGGAAAAAACUCACAGCCAUAUUAGUUUUGAAAAAUCUUCUUCCCCUCUUAACAUUGAAAAGUCAGAAACCAAAAGUCUAAGUAAGCAAAUAGAAAUUGAAAAACAAAAUAAGACCGAUGACUACACAGAGAGUUUUGAACCAUCAAAAUCAGUUGAAGCAGAUUUAAGCAAUGCAGAAAAAAGCAUAGAUAGUUUGUUAAUCAAAAAAUCUUUGGAAAAAGAAUUGGAGGACUCUGCUUCUGAGAAAGGAGAAGAAGUGCAAGAAGAAAUUACAGAAGUACCAAGUUACACAAGUCUUGCUGCAGAGGACACUCCUGGCGGUGAAACAAAUUUGGGGGAUGAUGAAGAAGAAGAAGAAGAAGAACACCAAACCAUUUCUUCAGGAGAUAUUUCAGAAGAACAGAGUGAACCAGCUCACAUUAUCAAAGUAUUUAUUAGUGAAAAGGUUAAUAAAGAAUCAAAUAAAACUGACAACAACUUUGGCCAAGAAACAGUUCAAGAGGUUUCACAAGAUGAGGUAGAAUGUAAAGAGAAAACUGAUGAGUUGGUCGAAACAGCUGUUAGCACACACAUAAUAGAAGAAAGUUCUCUUUCUCUUCAAAAAACAAGACACGAAAGUGGUGAUAAAGAAGAGAAUAUUUCAGAAGAUAAGUUAUCAAAAGAACGAAGCCAUAAGUUGGUUGAUAAAAUAACUGAUGAUAUAUUUUCAAGACUAUUAAAGGAUAUGUUGAAAACACACAUUGGUAAGCCAGCUACUUCUGAAACUGAAGAAAAGACCAUUUUGAAAGAGCAUGAAGAAGAUAAAAAAGAAAUCAUUGGGAGUCUUGAAAAUCAAACUAUUGAUGAAUACUUGGACAAUGCCUUAGAAACAUUCUAUAAAACCGACAUCAAUGAUGAAACUUUUACAAAAGAAGAUUCACUAGAUAUUUGUAAAGAAUCAGAUGCAGAGACAAAUCUCAACUUAACAUUUGAUUUGUUGAAUGAAGAAAUGAACGAUGCUACCAAUACAAUUCUGAAUAUUUUAGAGAAGAAGAAAACCAUCACAGAUGGCGAACAGCGAAGCCACCUUAUUUCUAGUCCAGAUGUUCUUAUUCAGGAUGUACGAAGGAGAGUAAGUGAGAUUUUAGCAGAAACAUCACUCAAUUCAUCCACCCAUGAAUCUCCAAGGUUGCAAGAUCUUCUGACGACUACCUAUGAUGUCUUAUCAUCUCCAUCUCCAGAGGACUCCAUCCUCCAUCCUGGGUUGCCCAGUAGUCCAACACAUCCAGGAAUGGGGACUGAUGUAUGGGAAUCCUCAUCUUUCACUGCUGCUGUUAAAGAGCCAUAUGAACAGAAAAGACAAUGAGAAUCUGUGCAACUCUCUUUAUAAUGACCUUACUGAAGAGGAGUUUCGGGAAAUCAUCAGCGAAUAAAACUUCCUGGAACGUAAUGAUGAGCCAACGGAAGCGACACCGCUUCCUAAAGAUACUUCGAUGUCAAAGUUGUUGAUGGCAUUCUAAAACUUCACCAAU